ACCAGAUACAACAAACUCCUGCCAGCAGGACCGUGAUGCUAACGUUAGCCAGAUAGCUAUCUGGCUGUGAGGAAAACAAACCGGUUUAGUUUCAUUUUACCGGGGGGGGGGAAUGGUGAAAGAGACGAUUCAGAUAUUCGCUCGCAUUAAACCCACCAAGAAAAAUGUGGCGGUGUACUCUGUGGACAAUGAGAACCAGACAGGUUCCUCUCUGGAGUUUUUUGUGCCCAAGGACCUGGCUGAUGGCUUUGUUAACAACAAGAGAGAGUGCUACAACUUCAGGUUCCAGAAAGUGUUCGAUCAGGUCGCCAAACAAGAAGAGAUAUUUGAAAACAUCGCCAAACCAGUUGCAGACAGUGUGUUGGCUGGCUAUAAUGGCACCAUCUUUGCAUACGGCCAGACGGGAAGCGGGAAGACCUUUACCAUCACAGGAGGGGCUGAGCGGUACAGCGAUCGUGGGAUUAUUCCUCGCACCAUUUCCUACCUAUAUGAACGGUUCAGCCAGGACAGCAGCAUGGUUUAUACCACACAUAUCUCUUAUCUGGAGAUCUACAAUGAGAUGGGAUACGACCUUCUGGAUUCCCGACAUGAAGCAUCUCGACUGGAAGACCUACCAAAAGUAAUGAUUAUGGAGGAUCAAGACCAAAACAUCCAUCUGAGGAACCUGUCCCUGCAGCAGUCAGUGAAUGAGGAGGAGGCUCUAAAUCUACUCUUCCUUGGUGACACCAAUCGUAUGAUCGCUGAAACUCCCAUGAACCAGGCGUCCACUCGUUCCCACUGUAUAUUCACUGUGCACCUAUGCAGGCGUGAACCUGGUUCAGCCACCCUGCGGCGAUCCAAGCUCCACCUGGUGGAUCUGGCAGGAUCGGACCGAGUUAGUAAGACUGGUUUAAACGGGCAGCUGCUCACCGAUGCAAAGUAUAUCAACCUCUCUCUCCAUUACCUGGAACAGGUCAUCAUAGCACUGUCAGAGAAGAAUCGUUCCCAUAUUCCCUACAGAAACUCCAUGUUAACAUCUGUUCUGAGGGACAGUCUUGGGGGCAACUGCAUGACCACCAUGAUUGCCACUAUGGCAGUUGAGAGAAGGAACCUCGAGGAGUCCAUCUCGACGUGUCGCUUCGCACAACGUGUGGCUGUCAUCAAGAACGAGGCGAUACUGAACGAAGAACUGGAUCCUGCGCUGCUGAUAGCAAGUUUGAAAAGAGAGAUCCUGUCUCUUAAGGAGGAGCUGGCCAUGGUGACUGGAGAGCAGAGAGACGACCGACUAACUCCAGAGGAGAUCCAGAAAUUGGAGGAGCUCGUUAAGGCUUAUCUGGAUGAUCCCGAUCCAGAUGUGACACUGUCACUGGGACCAGACAUGAGAAAGAUCCAGCACUGCUUCUCCCUGCUAAAGGUAAUUAUUUGGGACAAAAAGGGAGGAAAAAACAGAUCCAGUGAUGACAAAGCAACACCAGCAGCAACAGGGAGGGAAGAAGAAAUUCAACACAGCCACCAAAGUGCAGGAGAGGUGGCCAAAUUAAAAGAGAUGCUCGGGCAACGUGAUAACGAGAUUAGCAUCCUAGUUAAGAUGUUGAAGAAGGAGAAAAAAAGAGCCCAGGAUGCUGCUGCUCAGCUUGCAAACAUCACCAACAGCCAGAGUCAGAGUACAUCGAGUGUGUCCACGGUGGAGCUGUCACAAGAAGGAAGUAUGGAGACCAUCUCAGCAGACCACAGAGGACGAGCUAUACAGUGCAUGAAAAGAGGCCCCAAGCUGUCAAUGGGAAAACAAGAGGCCUUUGAGAUCUUCAUAAGAGACCAUGAAGACCACCUAACCAUUGAAGACAACAAGAGUCUGCUGAAACAGAGAUCAGCAGAGGCCCGGAAACUUGGAGAGGAACUGAAUGAAGCCAGAAACAGAAUCACUGAACUGAAGAAGCAGCUGGAUGUGCGGAGGAGACAGAGAGCCGCUUAUGGUGUCAUGGAAAGUCACACAGGGUCUGAGGAGGAGUUUGACCCAGCCGAAGAAAACCUCUGCAAGCACAUUGAGGAAGAAAAAAAAGGUUACAAGAGCAUCGUUGGCCGUCUAAAAGCGCUGAGGACCGAGAUUGAACAUCUGCAGCUGUUGUUGGAGAGGUCAAAGGUCAAGCUCCAGAAGGACUUCCAUAAGUGGUGGAGCCAGGAAGCUUCCAGUCUGCAGGAGUCUGAGUCAGAGGCUGCAGCCCAAAGUCACACUGGGACACUGAACAGGACCAUACAGCCAUCCACACCUCGAGCUCCGGGAUUUGGGGCUCCUGCUCUCAGCAGUACUGUGAGAGACUCGCCAGCAGGCCGACACCUGAAUCCAGAUCCUUCUAUCUCUGCUCAGGAGCUCAGAAGUUUUACCCUUGAAAGCAAACCUCCAGGACCAGCUGUGCCAGCGUGGCAGAAUAACCCUGUGAACAGGAAGGUGACAGACUUCACCCCUUCUUCUGAGUGGAAGACCCUCACCUCUGCCACAGUCUCAUCCUCUAUUCCACUGACUGGAGACCAGCAAACUGAUGCUGACAUCCUGGCUUUUAUCAGGGCUAGGCAGAAUCUCGUCAGCAGGGCAGGCAAACAUCAGCAGUGAUGUGUUUCAAGUAUGACCUCCACGUGUCACGGCGAGUGAGAUGAGCCGUGUGGAAAAUAAAGGAGGAUCCAAACGCAG